AUGAGACGUCAUCAUCACAUCACGCUGGUCUGUGGCAUGGACAACAUUGUGCUGAUUGGACCUAAUAAGCUGGACCUAGCAAGUACUUUAGAUGCCCCAGUAAAAGACCGCCAGCGCAUACAACCCGACCACAGAGGGUUCGUGGUUGGAAACGCACCCACACAAAACAUACAAAAACGCCAACCGACGACCACCACCCAAGAGAAAAGAAAACCUCCCAGGGCUUUGGACGAGAGUGGGCGUGGCGUUCAGAGUGGAGGCUGCCCGGAAUUACAGGAACAAAAACGGCCAAAGCCCCGACUUCCAGCUCCCACCACUCUGGGCUAUCCGUCGGCGAGACCCCGCCUCCAGCCCCACCCCCGGGCCCGGCCCGCGCCGGACACGCCCCAUCCCGCCCCUCAGCCCGCCCUACCCACCUCCACGGCCCCGCCCCCGGGCACACGCUUUGCCCUACCCAGGACCCGGCCUCGCCCCUCAGCCCCCAAAACCUACCCACCGCCCCGGGCCCGUCCCUCCGCUCUGGCCAUCCCCACCACUCCGGCCCCGCCCCGAGUACGCCCCCUCAUCCCCACCCCUCCCCACUGCUCGGCCACGCCCCCACCCGCCGCCCCCGGGUCCGCACACGACCCCGGCCCUCUCGCCCACCUAGAGGCGCAGCGCGCGGCGGACGUUCUCGCAAACCACCCGGGCAGCGGCCGCCUUCGCGCUCUACGGCCUCUCUUACCGGGUGGUCCGCGCCGAAGCUGCUUCGGCAGUUUGGGCAGUGGCCGAAAGGGAACCGCCGCCCGGGUUCUGCGGCUUGAAAAUUUGGCUUCGCCUCGUACUGCCUUUUUAUUUUGUUUUGACCUUUUUGGAAUUUUCCCGCGGUCGCUCCGCAUUGAGGCCGCGCGCGCGCGCGCACGUGCCCGCAGUGCAAUCUGGGGCCGAGCGGGAGGCUCAGCGCGCCGCCGCGGCAUCGCGGGAAAGCUCCGACCAAUCACGGACUCAUGGAGGGCGGGGCGGGUCCUCGCGCUGCUCGGCCGGAAGUCGGGCCCGCGGGAAUGUGCGGCUGCGUUAGUUUUCCCCGGGCCUGUGCGGGAGUCGUGGUCUCCGGCCGGAAGGACCCGCGAGGAGAAACCUGGGCUUCUUCAUUGGGUGGUUGCCCAGUUAUCUGAAGACCGUGUUGGAAAGGCAGAGGAGAGUCCAGGGUCUCCAGAAUUCCAAGGCUUGCUAACCUUCCCUGGCAUCCCUGGCCGCCCACCUGGAGCCACAAGAAUCUCUCCAUGCCUCUACCCAUGGCAUCCGCCCCUGCCUUCUUCCUCUGCAGACUCUCAGAGAGGAAAUGCCUGGGCAGCUAGCCAGCCUGGCAAACUGGGGACCUCACAGAGCCCCUCAGAAAUGUGUUCACAUCAUACUCAACAAGGCGCACUUUGUUACUCUCUAGCUUGGAUCUGGCCAGUGUGGAAACAGCGUUCGGUGGGGAGACUAGACGGAAAGCUGCAGAGCAACUUCCACUCUGAGCAAACCCGCUUCAGGGUCAGUCUGGGAAAUCACCCAGAUAUUUUGAAAACCUGCUAUAUGCCUGCUGCUGUGUUACGAGCUGAAGAAAUCUUGGUAUGAGACCUGACGCUACCUGAAGGCAUGGAUUACAUCCUGUUCUUGUUAUCCCAGUACCCAGCACAGCCUCUGGCAGUUGGAAGGUGCUUGUUUGAAGCCUGCCACUAUGCUAUGUGACAACUGGGAACCAAUCUGCAUCCGAUCAUCAGCCAGUCAACUGGAAAAUGACUUUCCCAGGCCCACACAUUUUCUCAAAGGUGACUUAAAAGCAAAGCUCAUCUACAACUCAUUCACAUUUUAGAUACUCUUCUCUGGUCAGGCUGGUGACAUGCCAAAUCCACUUAGAUUUCUAGGAGAAGGUAGGCAGAUUGUGAGGAGCAGCUGGAGAACAUGGCGAGCUUAGAGACAGGUGGUGAAGGAGGAAAAUUAACUGUUGGAUGAUAAAGAUGGAGGCCAAAGACGAGGCUGGUUUCCUUUUCUAUGUUUCCAGGGCCAGUCAGCCCUGAUAAAACUCAUCAAGUUAGCUUCAGCCUGGGGUCUGGAGAGAAGUGAAGUAUCCUAGAAAAACUAAAGACUAAAAACAAAGAAUUAAUUGAAUAGCAUUUAAAGCUAUGCCCCCAGCCCUGUGUAAAGUACUGCAUUUGCCCCACUGCUGAGGUCUGCUUCCCUGCCAGCUUCAGAUUAUUGCUGCUGAUAGAUGUAGUCAAAGUUGAUGAAAUCAUUUGCAGAUUUCACACCUAACAAUGAAAAUAUUUCCUUUAUUCAUUAAAAAUUGGAUAUGCUGAGGGGAGUCUCAUGAAUUCGUUUUGGAGUGUCCACCAGAUUUUGUGGCUUAAAUACAUCUCCAGGUAGCCUUGUGGUCAGUGAGGCUCUUCUUUAGGCAGAUUAAUUCAUUCUAGAAAGUGAUAUGAUGAGAUAACAAUAAGCACAGAAAUAUUCGCUGUUUGGAAGGCUUGCAUUCCAAUGUGGAUAUUAAGCUAAUUUGCUUACCUUAAUCCUAUCUUUGUGUUAACUUGCUUUUCCAAAUGACGAUGUGGUUCUGGAAUCUCAGACCUUCCUUUUGAUGCAUUCAGGAAGAGCAGAUUGGCUAGAUUCCCUUAAUGGCACUGCAACUUUGCUAAAAAACAACACAGAAACAUCCCCCUAUAAUCAAUACACUAUUGCAGAAAUCUCUUCAAAUGAAAGCAUUGACUGAUUUAUUUUUCCUGAUGAUGUCUAUGUCCCCUUGCUCCUGAUGAUAUUUGAGAAAAAAAGGCUUUCAUCAACAAAAUAAUUACCUUGAUUAUAAUUCAGAAGCCACCUCCACAUUUUCUAAUUCCAUACCAGCACUAAAGUCAAUUUAUUUUACUAAGGUAGAGGACAACAGGCACAGUUUUGUUUAAGCUAAAUUGACUUUCUGACCACCCUGCUCUUGGAUGAUUCCAUUUGGAGGCCCCCACCAGAAAUACCAGUUAAAGAGGUAAUACAUCCUGAACUUCUUUUUUUUCCCCUCUGUGGACAAAUUUGUCUACUCACCUGGGAGUAAUAUUGCCAUUAAUUCCAAUGCCCUUUUUCUCUUUCUUUGUACAUCAGAGGAUUUCCACUCACCUUGUAAAAAUCAGGCUAAAGGCUGUAUCAUCCAUGAAACUUUUCUGAUUCCCCACUUAGCACAUUCUUUCCUCUGUGUACAUUUCUGUCUCCUAUUACUGUAUGUGUGUGUACAAAUAUUUUAAAAAUAAAACCAAGUUUUUAAA